UGAACGGUCGCGGAAGACGGACGGAGGAGAAAGAAGCCACAAGAAAGAGCAGCGCCACUGCGCCACCAAUAAUUGAGAUAUUCUCCUUCCCUUCAAUGUCAAGAAACUAAAAAACUCGCUGAACCUCGGCCGUCGACUCCUCGCCUCACCUUUGGCCGUUUCUGGUAACGUUGCCCUCGAAGUCGCAGCUGUGCCGACUGCCGAGUGAGCAGCCAUUUGGCCGACGAAGGAUCAGAAUCACUCAGGUUGAGUGACGACAAGUGCUGGGUGGUGGAACUAAUGUCUGCAUGGAUAAAAGGCAGCAUAUCGCGAUUUUCACUACUGCUAGCCUUCCAUGGAUGACCGGAACCGCCGUCAAUCCACUGUUUCGUGCUGUGUAUCUUGCCAAGGAUGGGAAAACGGACGUCACUUUGGUAAUUCCAUGGCUGUCUUUGAAGCAUCAGAAGCUGGUUUAUCCGAAGGAUGUUACCUUCAGUUCACCCUCAGAGCAGGAAGCUUAUGUUCGUCAAUGGCUUGAGCAGAGGAUUUCAUUUUCUGCUGAUUUCUCCAUCCGAUUCUAUCCUGGAAAGUUUGCUGUGGAUAAGAGGAGCAUUCUUCCUGUUGGAGAUAUCUCUGAAGUCAUCCCAGAUGAAGAGGCUGAAGUUGCUGUUCUUGAGGAACCUGAGCACCUUACAUGGUUUCACCAUGGCAAGAGAUGGAAAACCAAGUUUAGUCUUGUGAUUGGUGUUGUGCACACCAAUUAUUUGGCGUACGUGAAGAGGGAAAGUAACGGCAGAGUCAAAGCGUUGAUUCUUAGAUAUCUUAACACCUGGGUUGUUGACAUCUAUUGCCACAAGGUGAUUCGAUUGUCUGCUGCAACCCAGGAAUAUCCUAAUUCCAUCAUAUGCAAUGUCCAUGGAGUAAACCCUAAGUUCCUUGAAAUAGGAAAGAAGACAAUCGAGUUACAGCAAUCUAGUAAGAGGGCUUUCAGUAAAGGUGCUUACUACAUAGGUAAAAUGGUCUGGAACAAAGGGUACAAGGAGCUUCUUGACCUCCUCCGGAAACACCAAAAGGAGCUAUCUGGGCUGGAAAUAGAUUUAUAUGGCAGUGGCGAAGAUUCUAAUGAAGUUCAGGAAGCUUUUGAGAAGCUGGGUCUAGUUGUUAGACUUUACCCUGGCCGUGAUCAUGCAGAUCCUGUAUUCCAUGAAGUUACAAAGUAUUCCUGAAUCCAAGCACCACUGACGUGGUAUGCACAACAACAGCUGAAGCACUAGCAAUGGGGAAGCUUGUCGUGUGUGCUAACCACCCAUCAAACGACUUCUUCAAGCAGUUCCCCAAUUGCUGGACUUACGACGACAGCAAAGGAUUUGUAGAGGCCACCAACAAUGCAUUGAAGGAAGAACCUAGUGAACUCACAGAAGCCCAUAGACAUGAGCUAUCAUGGGAGGCAGCCACUGAACGGUUUCUGAGAGUCGGCGAUCUUCAUGGGGUGGCGGCAAAUUCAAGGAAACUAUCUAGACGUCCUUCAAAGCUCUUAGGGUCCACAUCUCUGAACCUGCAGAGGAACAUGGAGGACGCAUCAGCGUAUGUGCACUAUCUCGCCUCUGGGUUUGAGGCAUCGAGAACAGCCUUCGGUGCGAUUCCAGGGACCCUGCAACCUGAUGAACAGCUGUCUAAGGAGCUGGGCCUGCAGACUGCAGAAACACAGAAGCGUAGCAGUCACAGGUUUAGCUUUUAAUGUUCUAAAGCGGUUUCACCUGCGUCUUCCUGUGGAACAAUUCUGUACAUUAAUGGGGUUUGUUAUUAGACUUGAAUCUUAGUUGUUUGCAUAACUGUGGGCUAGCUAGGCCAAGGGGUACGUGGGAGGAAAAGGAAGGAUUAGAAAUCAAACAUGGGAUGCAAAUUGCAUAGUAGUUUCUGCAUAUGCCAUGAUAUGGAUUGCUUCAUUUGCCUCCCGAUUGACGUGCCUCCAAGUCCCAUUACCCAAAUCAUGUGUAUGUCGCCUUAUACAUUGACAAAUGAUACCCGAUUCCAGUGUGAAUGACUUUCGCAUUCUGCAGCUUCUGAAGUUCUGAGUCAGUGUGAGGCACUUACAUCUCUAGGAUCGGAUUCAUAACUUGGAUUUGUUUGGCAUUAUGCAACCCGAACUCAGCUGCCAUAGCUCUGCUUCAGCUGUUUCAGCCUCCAAUUGACUCUGCAAUCUUCUUAGCAGCCAUGAGAAGUGUCAUCUUAUCACCACGCCUAGACCAGCUCCUCCAGACGGCAGAACCACUGCAUCAGCACUCACUUUAACCCGUCCUCUUACCUCGGCUCUCCCCAUCUUUCCGGAGCAGCAGUCGCACUUGGCAAGGUAUUUCAUUCUGAUGGUGGCUGUAGUCCUCUAGAAAGGAAAACACAAACAUAAAUAAUUCUUAACUUUGUUCUUUAUUCUUAUCUUAUCUGCAUAAUCCCC